AUAUUCACUCAAAACAUUCUAAGGGAGCGCUACAAUAAGUAUUACAUGGAUGGGACGGAAUGGGGACUCAUCUGGUCGGGGAUUGCGAGCAUCUACCUAAUCGGGGCCACGAUCGGAGCCUUCGUUUCACCCAUAUUGGCUGACUCUGUCGGAAGGAAGCAUGGACUUCUCUACAACAGCAUCAUAGUCAUCGUGGCUGCCGUUUUGGGGGCAAUCAGCAAGAGCAUUAACUCGUUCGAAAUUCUCUUUGUAGCUCGGUUGAUAUCCGGACUGAGUGUGGGGAAUGCGAAAAACUGGCCUAUUUCUCUUCUCAUUCCGGGAAUCAUUGCCGGGGUGUUUAUUUGUCUUUUUUACUUCUUCCCGGAAAGUCCCCGCUACCUUUUGCUGUCACGGAAUAACGAAGCCGAAGCCAGAAAAGGUUGGUGCAGACUGAUCAGUGCAGCCAUGAGUGAAUACAGGACCUCGAAUCUCAUCGUCGAGGAGGAAAUAGAGGAAAUGAUCGUCGAGUCAAAAAAUAUUUCCUCCAACAACAUUUCCUGGGGAGAACUCGUCAGACAAAAAAAUCUCCAAAAAUCGCUUGCAAUCGUAAUCGUCUGUUUCAUCGUCGCUCAACUCACCGGAAUUAAUGUGAUCUUCACCUUUUCGCGGAAUAUAUACAAAAGUGCCAAAAUCCCCGACGACAAGAUCCAAUACGCCUCCAUGGGAACGGGAAUCAUCAACUGCGUCGCCACCAUCAUCGCUGUUUGAGAAACUGAUUUGAUUUAGACCCCAUUCGUGGACAUUGUGGGUCGAAGACCACUACUCAUAUGGCCUCUGCUAUCUAUCAUCAUUAGCCUUAUCCUGGAAGUCAUUUCCCUGGUUUACUCAGUCCCCAUUCUCUCUGUUCUGGCGGUCUACCUUUUUGUCAUUUCAUUUGCCAUUUCCUUUGGGAUUGUCCCUCAGGCUAUCAUGGUCGAGUACUUCAGACAGGAUGUCAGAGCAAAGGCUGCUGCGGCGGGAAUUCUCAUUGCAAACGCGGCCAACUUUCUUGCUUUUUGGAUAUUCAAACCUGCAAUUGAAAAUGAAUCAGUCAAAAAUUAUAUUUUGCUUGUAUUUGCGGCUUUUUGCUCCCUUGGCUUUAUUUUCAUAUUUCUCUUUACUCCAGAAACAAUGGGAAAAACAUACAACGAAAAUUCAAUUGCACUUGCUAACUGGAACACCGUUUUCUCUCGACAAAAACCCAGUUCAGUUACUGACUUUUAGUAUCCCUUCUAAAUUCGGCUAAUUAUUAUUCUCACUAAACUAAUUUUUGUGACCAAUUUUAAUA